CGCCCGGCCGGAUGCGCGCCCCGUCCAUCACGGCGCGGGGGGCGGGCCCGGCCAAUGGCGGGCGCGUGUGGCGCCCGUCACCGUGGCGACGGGGCCGGUCCCGGGGAGGCGGUGAUGGGUUGACAGGUGCGUGACAGUCGGGGAGCUUCUCCGCAGGCAUGUACGGCAAAGGCAAGAGCAACAGCAGCGUCCCGUCCGACAGCCAGGCCCGCGAGAAAUUAGCACUGUACGUAUAUGAAUAUCUGCUCCAUGUAGGAGCACAGAAAUCAGCCCAGACAUUUUUAUCGGAGAUAAGAUGGGAAAAAAACAUCACACUGGGGGAGCCCCCAGGAUUCUUGCAUUCCUGGUGGUGUGUGUUCUGGGAUCUCUACUGCGCAGCUCCAGAAAGACGAGAAACAUGUGAACACUCAAGUGAAGCAAAAGCCUUUCAUGACUAUAGUGCUGCAGCAGCUCCCAGCCCAGUGCUAGGAAACAUUCCCCCAGGAGAUGGCAUGCCAGUAGGUCCAGUACCACCGGGGUUUUUUCAGCCUUUCAUGUCCCCCCGGUACCCUGGAGGCCCAAGGCCACCUCUCAGAAUACCCAACCAGGCCCUCGGAGGUGUCCCGGGGAGUCAGCCCCUCCUGCCCAGCGGGAUGGACCCCACACGGCAGCAGGGUCAUCCAAACAUGGGUGGGCCGAUGCAGAGGAUGACUCCUCCAAGGGGAAUGGUGCCAUUAGGACCACAGAACUAUGGAGGUGCCAUGAGACCCCCUCUGAACGCUUUAGGUGGCCCGGGGAUGCCUGGGAUGAACAUGGGUCCUGGGGGUGGUAGACCCUGGCCAAACCCAACCAAUGCCAAUUCUAUACCUUACUCCUCAGCCUCUCCUGGGAACUACGUGGGUCCUCCAGGAGGUGGAGGGCCACCAGGAACACCCAUCAUGCCUAGUCCUGCAGAUUCAACCAACUCUGGAGACAACAUGUACACUUUAAUGAACGCCGUGCCACCUGGGCCCAACAGACCUAAUUUUCCACUGGGGCCAGGCUCAGACGGACCCAUGAGCGGACUGGGUGGAAUGGACUCACACCAUAUGAAUGGAUCAUUAGGCUCAGGAGACAUGGACAGUAUUUCCAAAAACUCUCCCAGUAAUAUGAGCAUGAGCAACCAGCCUGGCACUCCCAGGGAUGACAGUCAGAUGGGUGGAAACUUCCUAAACCCUUUUCAGAGUGAGAGUUACUCCCCUAGCAUGACAAUGAGUGUGUGACCUGUUCACAAGUGUCGCCAUGAAGACCACAGUGAGUUGGCCCUCUCCAGAGAGCUACUGCAGAAGAAAAUUAUUCGUCCCAGUGUACAGUUUAACUAAAGGAUCUCAGACACAAUCAGA